AAAACAUUGUAUUCAAGUCUAUGAUAUUGAAUGAGAAAAAAUCGGUAUUUGUUCUAACCGCCAUAUUUAAUUAUUGAUGUAUGUUUUUUAAAUAGUCAUUAUUUAAAAUAACAAGUCCCUAUUCCAACCCAAAGUAUAUAUAUACAGUAUUCUUUCCUCUCGUCAUAUAACAUCACCACUUAUAGUAAUUGUAGUAGCAUUAUAUUCCCUCUAAUGGAAUCCUCCAAUUUCCUUAUCUUCUUCAGUUGCAUUUUCCUCAUCUCAGGCUUUAUGAUCGUAGGAGCUGCACAAGAUUCAGCCCACCACCGCCGGGAGGAGACAGGCAAUAACGGUUUCCGACCAAGAAAGAUGUUUGUGUUUGGAGACUCGUACGCAGACACAGGAAACGUAAGAAAAGCAUUAGGAAACUCGUGGAAGGAACCGUACGGAACCACUUUCCCGGGAAAGCCCGCCGGCCGAUUUUCCGAUGGCCGUGUCCUCACUGAUUACAUUGCCAAUUUCUUGGGACUCAAGUCUCCAAUAGCCUACAUAUGGACGAAAUUUGGCGGGAAAUUAGCAAAGCUGCAAUACGGGACGAACUUCGCAUACGGAGGGAGCGGAGUGUUCGACACAUUGGGAAACGUGUUGCCAAACAUGACCACUCAAAUCGACUUCUUAGAGAAACUAACAAACAACUCCGUUUGCACCGCUUUGGAUUUGCAUUCCUCCGUCGUUCUCGUUUCUCUUGCCGGGAAUGAUUACGCUGCUUUUCUAGCCAAUGGUGGCACUAACCAGGGACUGCAAACUUUCAUCCCUAUCGUGAUCAAUCAACUAUCGUUGAACUUAAAACGACUUCAAAAAAUGGGAGCGGCGAAAGUAAUAGUGACAGCUUUGGAGCCAUUGGGAUGCCUCCCUCGAAUCACGCUGUCAUCUUCAUUCCAGCAAUGCAAUGCCACUCAGAACGUAGCUGUCAACUAUCACAACCUUCUCUUGCAGCAAUCGGUCGCCAAAUUGAACAACGAUACGAAUAGUUCCACGUUUUUCAUUCUUGAUCUCUACAACUCUUUCACUACUGUGAUCGAACAAAAAGGCGAUUCUCAAGGAAAUUUGAAGUUUGAGACUCCACUGAAGCCAUGUUGCAUGGGCGUAAGCGAAAAAUACUCAUGCGGAAGUGUGGACGAAAAAGGUGUAAAAAUGUACACUGUUUGCAGCGAUCCGAAAACUGCGUUCUUUUGGGACUCGUCGCAUCCAACCGAGGCUGGAUGGCAUGCUGUCUACACGAUUUUGAAGUCGAGCCUUGGACAGUUAUUUCAGUUUUAAUAGAAUGUGUGUUUCUAUUUUGUGCUCAAUUGAUUAGUGGUUCUGCUGAUGAAAUAUUCAUGUUCCAAAUGUUAACAAAACAACAUUAAUUUUCUUUUUUUUUUGGCAAUGUUGACCCGUCAACAGUAUAAUAGUUUCUACUAAACUAAUAUAACAGAGUUACUACGCUUGUAAUAGCGGUGG